CAUCAUUCUCAGCAGCGGCUCGGAGGCUGAUUCCACUCUCGGAUAACUGCUUUCUACUUCUGGGGGAGAUUAACAUUUUUACAAUUAGAAAAGUUUCUAAUGCUUCGAGUUUUCGUUCCGGGUGUAAUUGUUUUGGGUGCAGAGGUUUGGCGUCCUUUGUUGACUCGUGCAAAUUUUAAAUACUUUUAAAACGCUCAGGUUUUAAGCAUCUUUUUCAGUCUUUUGCAUUAUCUUCCACUUUGUAAAAAAAAUCAUUCUUAAGGUUGCUUUUUAAAGUGUAGUUUGUAAUUGGUCGUUUUAUCAGUGAAAAUAUACUUUUGUGAAGUAUCUUUGCAGGUCAGUCUCCUGUUUGCUGCUCCAAUGGCCAGCUACCUGUGGCCGCUGCUGCUGGGGACCUGCUUGCUCCCGUCCAGCCGCGGGGCCGCCCCCGAGCCCGCGUGCCCGCAGCGCUGCGACGUGUCCGCGUGCCCGAGCCCCAGCUGUUUCCAUGGCUACGUGCACGACGCCUGCCGCUGCUGCCUGGUGUGCGCCGCCGCCGAGGGGCAAAUGUGCGGGAGCGCGCGCGAUGUGGCCUGCGGCGACGGUAUGGAGUGCAAGCCGCUCUUCGGCAAGCGGGCGGCUAAGGGCCCGGGCGUGUGCCGGUGCAAGUUCAGCCACAAGGUGUGCGGCAGCGACGGCAGCUCCUACGAUAACGUCUGCAGACUCAAGGCAGCCAGUAGGAGGGCCCUGCAGCUACGGCUGCCGGCCAUAGUGCAGGUUAAGAAGGGCGAAUGUGGACCAGAUCAUUCACAUCCAAACAGUCCAAGAUAUAAAUUCAAUUUUAUUGCGGAUGUAGUGGAAAAGAUCGCACCUGCAGUCGUUCACAUUGAACUGGUUUUAAGGCACCCUUUGCUAAGACGAAGCAUCCCACUGUCGAGUGGCUCUGGCUUUAUAAUAUCAGAUAGUGGGCUGAUUGUGACCAAUGCCCACGUGGUAGUAUCCAAUAACAAUGCGUUAUCAGGUCAGCAACUGCUCAAGGUCCAGGUACACAAUGGAAAAGUCUACGAGGCAACAAUCAAAGAUCUUGACACAAAGUCAGAUAUAGCAACAAUAAAGAUUAAUCCUAAGAGAAAACUACCCGUGUUAUCACUGGGUCGCUCAGUUGACCUCCGACCAGGAGAAUUUGUAGUGGCGAUUGGAAGUCCUUUUGCUUUGCAAAAUACAGUAACAACGGGAAUUGUCAGCAGUGCUCAGAGAGAUGGGAAGGAACUGGGUCUAAGAGACUCAGACAUGGACUACAUUCAAACCGAUGCUAUAAUCAAUUAUGGAAACUCCGGAGGCCCGUUGGUGAAUUUGGAUGGGGAGGUGAUAGGAAUAAACACACUGAAGGUGACUGCAGGAAUUUCAUUUGCCAUUCCAUCAGAUCGCAUCACAAUGUUUCUUUCUGAUUUUCUGGAUAAAGAAGCCGAAGAUGUCGGAGGUGUGAAGAGACGUUUUAUCGGUGUGAGGAUGCUGACAGUAACUCCUAGUCUAAUAGAAAAUUUGAAGGAAAUAAACCCUGACUUCCCCGAUGUUAAUUCUGGCAUCUAUGUACAUGAAGUGAUUCCAGAUUCACCAGCAUACAGGGGUGGAAUUGAAGCUGGAGAUGUGAUUGUCAAAGUAAAUGGAAUCCCAAUGAAGACAACAAAUGAUUUGCAGGAAGCUGUGAUGAAUGAGUUUCCCCUGCUGCUUGAAGUCCGUAGGGGGAAUGAAGACAUACUUUUCAACAUUGAACCUGAAAUAAUUAUGUGACUGAAACAUGGCCAAUAUAGUUAACCCUUUCCAGCCUGAAGUAAUCACAGUAACUGUUUUCUUUACUAAAGUUACUGGAACUGAGAGCUAAGUGGAGCAAACACCUGUUUACAAUGGUACAAGUAUCUACAGAGAAAGGCACCCUUCCAGAUUACAUCUGCUAGAAGGGGCUGAUCAAAAGUAUCUUAGAUUAAAAUCUUUAGUGCUUCCAAGUGAUAAAUGCUAUUCUCCGCAUUCUUGUCUUCAGUUUGUAUGAAUGCUUUAGUACUAAUUACUGGAGAGAAAUUGCUUAACUGCAAACCUAUGUCACUUGGUGCAGUUAAAGCUGCUCUUUUGUGUUAGAAUGUCAUUAUUUUGAUAAGACCAUCAAGAUUCUUCCACAUCUGCCAUGAAGAUCAAGGAGCCCGAUUUAUAACUGCCCCUGCCUAGUGGCAGAGUUGAAGAUGCAGUUAAAAUGUGAGCUGUCACUUAAUCCCUUGGAGCACAUUAUUUUACUGUCUUGUCCCAAUGCUAACCUGUUUUUUGCGUAGAAAAUUCCUAGGACUUUGUUUGUGUAGGUUUGAUGACAUCUGUGAAUUUACUUAAAAAAAAACACCCAGAAGUAGUGGCAGCUUUCCUCUCCAGUGAACCAAUUGAAAAAUAGAUUAUGGAUCAGAGUUUGCCUAUAGAAAAGUUUGAGUUUAGUCCUUGGAUUUCCUUUCGGAUCAGAAACAGGAUUGUUAUUCUAGGCAUCACAAAGAAACUUUUUGAAAGCCAGGGCCUUCAUAUCCUAUCCCUGAUAGUAUACAGCAACACUGCAACUCCUUGCCUGACCUAAGCAUCUCAAAUGUGUUCUCACUGAUUGUUCCUAGUUAACACUGCACUGACUGAUGACAACCGUUCACGUAGAUUUCUGCCCAUUGCUUCUUGCACCAAAUUCCAUUCCUGUCCACGCCCCCCCAUGUUCUGCUGGGUUAUCUUGUCCUUGAGCAACCAGGCACCCUGACUAUUUUGGGGCAUUUGUGGACCUGCCUUUAGAAUCAGUUUUUCUGCCUUAAUACAAAAUGGAAGAUGGAAUUAGCCUUGGAGUGGAAUCAGUUUUUUGAAUAGAUGAAAGUUCACUAACCUUAAAAUUCUAGUUUAUUAACUUAAGAACACUUGUAAAGCACUAAACUGCUGCAGGCUACAAAGGAUUAAACUUGCAUUCCUCAGGCAACCCAUAGAUUUAUAAUACACGUUUUAAAAUGUUAUGUGAAAUAAUGAUCAUACAGCAUUUUAUAUUGAAACACUGAUUGAAUUGUUAACUGUAACUGAGUGUUCUGCAUACGGAAGUACAGCGUCUACAGAAAGCAUGUGAAGUUUUUGUAACCAUUCAUAAAGAAGCACGUUUCUGAGUAACAAAUCGAUACUGCAAUGCAUAGAGCAGAUAUACUAUCCGAUGUGACAGGGUGCAGUUAACAUGACAGGUUUAAGUUGUGAUAGAGUUAUUUGUGAACAAUUAAACUGCCACAGUUUUGAAAAUUAUUAACCAUAAUUAAUAAAUCUGUAGUGAUUGGAGAAUUUGC